CGUUUCUGAGGAGUCGUAUUUCCCCCUAGCGAUACUCCAGGAGAGCAAGCCCAGGCGAGCAGGAACAGAGAGGGAGGGAAGAGGUCGCGGGGAGCAGCGCGAGGCCGCCAGCCAGGCUAGCGGCGGGUCACGUGACCGGCCAUCAUGGCCGCCCGCGGAGAGUGCCGCCUGGCGGGGCACGAGUCGGGGCCGGAGCAGGAGCCCGGGCCGCAGCCGGGGCCCGAGGCAGACCGAGAGUCUGGGGAAGAGUUCGAGAUCGUGGACCGGAGCCAGCUGCCGAGCCACGGCGAGCUGCGGAGCGCGGCGCGGCCCCGAGCGGCUGACAGCUGGUCGGCGCCCAUCCUGACGCUAGCGCGCCGAGCCACCGGGAACCUGUCGGCCAGCUGCGGGAGCGCGCUGCGCGCGGCCGCGGGGCUCGGAGACGGCGCUGGCGGCGGCGGCGGCGGUGGGGAGCGCGCAGCUUCCAAGGGCCAGAUGAUGGAGGAGCGUGCCAACCUGAUGCACAUGAUGAAGCUCAGCAUUAAGGUCUUACUCCAGUCUGCCCUUAGCCUGGGACGCAGUCUGGAUGCAGACCACGCCCCCCUGCAGCAGUUCUUUGUAGUGAUGGAGCAUUGCCUCAAACAUGGGCUGAAAGUUAAGAAGAGUUUCAUUGGCCAAAAUAAAUCUUUCUUUGGGCCUUUGGAGCUGGUGGAAAAACUUUGCCCCGAAGCAUCAGAUAUAGCUACCAGUGUCAGGAAUCUUCCAGAACUAAAGACAGCCGUGGGAAGAGGCAGAGCUUGGCUUUAUCUUGCUCUCAUGCAAAAGAAGCUGGCAGAUUAUCUGAAAGUCCUCAUAGACAAUAAGCAUCUCUUAAGUGAGUUCUAUGAGCCUGAGGCACUAAUGAUGGAGGAAGAGGGCAUGGUGAUUGUCGGCCUGCUGGUGGGACUCAAUGUUCUGGAUGCCAAUCUCUGCUUAAAGGGAGAAGACUUGGAUUCUCAGGUUGGAGUGAUCGACUUUUCCCUCUACCUGAAGGACGUGCAAGAUCUGGACAGCGGCAGAGAGCACGAAAGAAUUACCGAUGUCCUUGAUCAGAAAAAUUACGUGGAAGAACUGAAUCGGCACUUGAGCUGCACGGUUGGGGAUCUUCAGACCAAGAUAGAUGGCUUGGAAAAGACGAACUCAAAGCUUCAAGAAGAGCUUUCAGCGGCAACAGACCGAAUUUCAUCCCUGCAAGAAGAACAGCAGCAGCUGAGAGAACAGAACGAAUUAAUUCGCGAAAGAAGCGAAAAGAGUGUGGAGAUAACAAAGCAGGACACCAAGGUUGAGCUGGAGACUUACAAGCAGACCCGGCAGGGCCUGGACGAAAUGUACAGCGAUGUCUGGAAGCAGCUGAAGGAGGAGAAGAAAGUCCGACUGGAACUAGAGAAGGAGCUGGAGUUACAGAUCGGAAUGAAGACUGAGAUGGAAAUCGCCAUGAAGUUACUGGAGAAGGACACCCACGAGAAGCAGGACACGCUCGUCGCCCUCCGCCAGCAGCUGGAGGAAGUCAAAGCAAUUAACUUACAAAUGUUCCACAAAGUUCAGAAUGCAGAGAACAGUUUACAGCAGAAGAAUGAAGCCAUCACUUCUUUUGAAGGAAAAACCAAUCAAGCAAUGGCAAGCAUGAAACAAAUGGAAGAAAGGUUGCAGCAGGCGGAAAAGGCCAGGCAAGGGGCGGAAGACCGGAGCCACAAGGUGCAGCAGGAGCUCAACGGGAGGGUCAGUGCCCUGCAGCUCCAGCUGUCCCAGCUGCAUGACCAAUGCUCAGGUCUAGAGAAAGAACUGAAAUCAGAAAAAGAACAAAGGCAAGCUCUCCAGAGAGAAUUACAGCGGGAGCGAGACACGUCCUGCCUGCUCCAGACAGAGCUGCAGCAAGUGGAAGGACUGAAGAAGGAACUUCGGGAACUCCAGGAUGAGAAGGCAGAGUUACAGAAGGUCUGCGAGGAGCAGGAACAAGCCCUCCAGGAAAUGGGGCUGCACCUCAGCCAGUCCAAACUAAAGAUGGAAGACAUAAAGGAAGUAAAUAAGGCGCUGAAGGGCCACACAUGGUUGAAGGAUGAUGAAGCAACACACUGUAAGCAGUGUGAGAAGGAGUUCUCCAUUUCCCGGAGAAAGCACCACUGCCGAAACUGUGGCCACAUUUUCUGCAACACGUGUUCCAGCAACGAGCUGGCCCUGCCCUCCUACCCUAAGCCAGUGCGUGUGUGUGACAGCUGUCACACCCUGCUACUGCAGCGCUGCUCCUCCACGGCCUCCUGAGGCCAUCAGGCCACCAGUAGGGACCUUAGCCUGUUGACCUCCAUCUUCAGCGUGGAGGAAAGCCUCAGGUACAGUGCCAAACUCUGGGUCUCCAGAGACCUGCAAGGGCCCAAGAGAAUCAAAGGCUGUCAGCCUGUGAAGACAGCGCCAAGUGGCAGCUGACCAUUUUUCCGUGGUUUGUAUAGAGCCAGCUCCUCUUGACUGACAUGUCUGUGUCCUCGGUUAUAUCCUGGCUUUGGUACAGGUGUAACUUCAUGAUUUGCUACUGCCACUUUCACUUUUCAAAGGAUUAACCUAUUUUGCAGCAGUUGCACUAGUACAGAAUCCUUUCUCUUCCUGCCCAUAUCCCACAAGAAACCUUGAUUUCUGCAGAGCUUUGAACCUCCUGGGUCUGUUCAGUGUGCCUUGUCUGCUUCAUCCAGCAUUUACUAUCAUGCCCCUGUCAACAACUACCGUUAGCCCUGCAAUAAAAUCCUUUAUUUUUCACUCUUGUACAAAGUGCUGGCUUCCAGCUUGCAUAUGGAGGAGGGCCUGCUGCGUUUGAGCUCUCCAGCUGGUGUGUUGCUUGUACUUAGGCUGCUCCACCCAGAUGGACCAAGGCCAGGGUAAAGCCUUGUCACCAAAGUCCAAGUACAUAUUUACACAGAUGCCUGACUUGCAGUGGGGUUACAUCCUCAUUGCAGUCAAGUAGAAAUGAGCCAAGAAUGACCACUGUUCACCUCACGUAGCCUGCCUUCAAAGUAUUCGGGACACUAGCAAAUAAACAGACUCAGCUAACAUAGCUGCUUUUUGUUUUGAGAAAAGGUCUUUUGUUUUGAGAAAGGCCUGGUCUGGUCUCAAAUUCAAAUGCAACCAACUGAUCCUCUUGCCUCCACCUCUUAUGUACUGGAAUUAUAAGCAUGUGCUACCAUGUCCAGCAAAACAAAGCCUAUUUUUUAGAUGUUGGCUUAUCUCAAUAAUUUACUUAAAGCCUGCUAUACAGGUACUUCUACACCAUGGCAAAGCUGAGCCAUACAUUAAAACCAUCUAGCUACAUGGGACUUGAAGUGCUAGCACAGAUGUCUGUGGCUAUGCAGAUUUGUACCAUCUUCCCUAGGGUCCCACCCAAGUGCAAGUUCACGUACCUAUCCCAUCAUGCAGGCCAAUGUCCUUAGAUUUCUGUCCAUGCAGGAGUGGGACAGAGACAGACAAGUGCCAAGGUACAAGGCCAGAUGGCAGCUUACUAGAAUGAAUUCUCUCCACCAUGUGUCUUCCAGGGAUAAACUCAGAUGAUUAGUCUUGGCAGCAAACAUCUUUAUGAGCCAUUUUGCUGGCCUGAGACUCUGAAAUAAGUAUUGGAGCAUCAGACAAGGCAGCCAGUCAGUCCACCUGUCUUCCAGCCCUUCCCUUGUACUUUUCCAUCCUUCUAGACCCAAUACCUUCACUUCUCACCAAUUUCCAGAUCUGGUUGUUUACUGUCCAGACUCUGCCCCAACCCAAUCCAAGCCUGUCUCUUCCUCCCUCUUCAGUCAGUACUGGUUCUGGUGCUUUAAGCAAGAUUCCCUAUGUUGUUUCUCAUCUGCCUCACUCCAAUCCCCUUUUGUCCCAAUCCUACAGCAAGGACUGUGCAGCCAAGAUUUAAAACCAGACCUGAGCAGCUCCAAAGCUAUGGUCUAAACUGCAGGCACAGUGAAAAGGGCCAAAGGAGUCUGCUCCUCCUCCACCUGAGCCCCUUUUGCUAACCUCAGGACCCUAUUUUCCCACCAAGUUCACAUACCACUGUACUGCCCCAGACUGUUCUAGUUAAGUCUGUACCUUUUCAGUGUGCUCAACUUAGGUUCCAGCUUUUGGGGGGACACUAAGUCACUUUACUUCUGAGUAUCACAUUUCUCAUCUGCACACAAAAGAGCAGGGUAACAACACCUCCCAUUUCUAUGCUGCUGCUCAGAAAAAGCACACAUCAGGUUCCAGCUGGCAUAUACAUGUUCAGGUUUCCAUUCCAUGUCCUCCCAACUUCAACUCUACCACCAAGUUAUCAUGUUUUGACACCAAAUUCAACCCCCAUCUCCAAGUUGUUGGGGUUUUGGUUUGGUUACUUUUCAAGAUAGGGUUUCUCCCAGGGUGGUGGUGGCACAUGCCUUAAUCCCAGCACUAGGGAGGCAGAACAGGAGGAUCUAAAUUGAGUCCAGCUUGACUCUAUUAUAGAGAGCAAGUUCUAGGACAAUCAGGAGAGACCAGUUUCUUCUAUGUAGCCCUGGCUCUCCUGGCUGGCCUCAAACUCAGAUCCACUUGCCUUUACCUCCCAAGAGCUGGGAUUAAAGGUGUUGGGCUCCACCACUGCCCAUGUUAUUAAUUCUACUUCCAAGUGGACAGGGUAUGUGACACAAACCUUGGCAGAAUUCCAAAAGUAUCUGAGGGCUAAGGGUAUACAGCUCAGUGGUAGAACCUUCAGUCAAUAGUAUAGGUCCUGGGUGGAAAGGGAUACAGCAGUACACAAUAGAUGGUAGCACUCAGAACUAGCCUGAGGUGCAUAUGGAGACAUUGAGAAAAACUCCAACCUGUAACAAAACAUGUAUGGACAUCCUAGAGGACAUGAAAGUGGCCUUGUGAGCGACCUUUGCUCUAGUACUUGUUUCUGCCAUUGAGUGCUGACACUGUGAGCAACCUCUUAUACAGUGAGUAUAGGCUGUUCAGACAAGAUCCAGUGCAGUCAGGCCAAAACAACCCUUCCACAAGGGCCCAACAGCUUGUCUGAAGACAUCUAAAGCAGCCUCGGCUACCCAGACUUUACAUAAUAGACAGGGACACCCCAUGCAGGAAUAAAGCACCAAGAUAGAUCACGUGACACUGAAGCAGACAAGUAUAGCUUUUAAAAGGAAGAUUUAUUUGACAAGGUUCACUUAGCGCAAUACACCUAAAAGAAAAUCACAACACAAUGAAAGACUUAAAUCAAGGCCUCAGAAUUUCAUACAAACACCAAGACCAAAAAAAUCCUAAAGUAAUGGUAUUGCGUCUCAAAGUUUCUCCAUUAACUAAAAAAAAAAAAAGAAAAAGAAAAGAAACGACUCACGUGCCUUACAGGUUAUCAAAUGAAAUUGGAACAAACAUGCCAAAUAUUUCACUUUUAAUUGUAGACGCAGCUCCUAUAUUGAGUUUUACAAAAAAAAAGCAUGUCUUUUCAACAUGCAUCAACAGUGUUCAAUGUAAUGUAUGUAUAAGAGCAACAUUUAACAUAAUUCAACUGCUUUAACCUAAAUACGCUUACUACUUACAUACAUCCUACAGUAACUAGAGAAAAGCUGGGAAUUGUUUAACAGUUACAGUUCACUCAACUUCACUGUAUCAUCCUAGGUGACUAUGUUUAAUAUUGGACCUUAGUCCUUUGAGUGAUGCCAAUGUUCACUUAAAAAGUAGGCAUAAAUCAAAAGGAUGGAUUGCAACUGUUAAACUGAAGGGUUUGUUUUCCUUUA